UUGCGCCAGGGUGGGGCACCUGCUUAGCAAAAGCGGUGCAUAAACAUGGCAAGGUGGCUGCUUCUGCGCGCGCAGCCGGGGUAGGGCUCCGGGAGGGCAGAUGCCUGCCUGCCUGCGGGAGGACGAGGGCAGAAAGAGGGCUGGCAGCUGCGCGAGGCGUGUUGCAAUACCGACCGAGGGAGCCCGGCACUGGCUCCACCCAUCCCGCCGCCGCCGCCACCACCUCUUUUCUCCCGGGCAGCCUCUUCCCCUCAAGUCCAGCCUUCUGCCUCGUCCCAGGUUUCCCACGUGUGUGGUUUGUGCCCGCAUCUCUCUUCCUUGGCAAGCGUCCACGAUCCCUUCCUGCUUCUUCCCCCAGCUUGCUCUGGAACCCAGCAGAGAUGACAGAAUACAAACUGGUGGUGGUGGGUGCUGGUGGUGUUGGGAAGAGUGCAUUGACUAUACAGUUGAUUCAGAAUCACUUUGUGGACGAGUAUGAUCCCACUAUAGAGGAUUCAUACCGGAAGCAAGUGGUAAUCGAUGGAGAGACGUGUCUCUUGGAUAUCUUGGACACAGCUGGGCAAGAGGAGUACAGUGCUAUGCGUGACCAGUACAUGAGGACAGGAGAAGGCUUCCUCUGUGUCUUUGCAAUCAACAACACAAAGUCUUUCGAAGAUGUUCACCACUACAGGGAGCAGAUCAACCGUGUGAAGGACUCCGAUGAUGUUCCGAUGGUGCUUGUUGGCAAUAAAUGUGAUCUGCCCUCCCGGACGGUGGAUACAAAACAAGCCCAGGAGCUUGCCAGAAGCUACGGAAUCCCCUUUGUAGAGACCUCUGCCAAAACCAGACAGGGAGUGGAGGAUGCUUUCUACACCCUGGUGCGAGAAAUCCGAAAACACAAGGAAAAGAUCAGCAAUGGGCGCAAGAAGAAAUCUUCCAAAAGGAAGUGUAUUAUCCUCUGAAGGAGAGAGACUCUGUUGCACAGUUGGGAGUGCAAACCCCCCCUUUUUGAGUCUGGGUAUUUUCCCAAGCUGCAAGAUAAAUUCUGAUGGCCAUGCCCUUCACCCAUUUUCAGCUGGAAGGCGAAGGUGGUUUUGAGUUCUUACUGUCAAUUAUUUUACUAUUUUUAAAACUGGGACGUUGCAUCCAGUAUGAGGAUUUGUAACCACAUUUGAUGUUCUGUUGCUUCUUGCCCCUUCAUUAUUAUUAUUAUUAAAGAUCAUGUUUCUGGUCCUUAGGAUUAUAGAGGUCACUCCUAAGUGUGACCUGGUGUAGACUGAUCCUGCAGCUUAAGAUGGAAGGGAUAGCACGAAGUCAGUAUCUCAGUCAGAACCUUAGGGGCCUUUCUCAUUUUUUGUAGCAUUUUACCUACCUUGGUUCUCCGUGAGACUGAAGAGGAAGCCACAUAGACUUGACACCAUUGUCUUUUUAUUUGUUAGCAGAGGAAUAAAGGUAACCUUGGACAGAAGGUGAUCUGUUGAAGGUGGCAAUGAGGAAUGCCAAAAGAGAAAAUGUGGAAAGCCAAACCCUCUCUGUAGCUGACUAUUUCAUCCCACUAUUAAAAUAGAUGGUGCUCAGUUA